CACGGCCCCGCCCGCCGGCCCCGCCUGACGCCGCCGGAGGUGCCUCCCCGCGGGGAUGUCUCUGGAGAUCACCUUCCUGGGCACGGGCUCAGCCUUCCCGUCGCCGUCCCGCGGAGCCUCGGCGCUGGUGCUGCGCAGGGAAGGGCAGUGCUGGCUCUUCGACUGCGGCGAGGGCACGCAGACACAGCUCAUGAGGAGCCACCUCCGCGCAGCCAGGAUCACCAAGAUUUUCAUCACUCACCUCCACGGCGACCACUUCUUUGGACUUCCCGGGCUGCUGUGCACGCUGAGCCUGCAGAGUAGCCCCGAUGCCAGCAGAGCUCCUGUUGAUAUUUACGGGCCCCUGGGGCUGAGGAGUUUCCUCUGGAGGAGCCUGGAGCUGUCCCACUCGGAGCUGCUCUUCCCCAUCGCCGUCCACGAGCUCGUCCCCACGCGCGACCAGUGCCCCGCCGAGGAGUUCAGGGACUUCUCUGGCUUGGACAGCAGUGAGGGGCUUCCCCGAGGGCCUCCAGGGAGAGUCGUGCACCUGGAUCCGGGAGAAGACUGCUACUUGCUGGUGGAGGAGGAGCAGCUGGUGGUGAGAGCGUUCCGCCUCUUCCACCGCGUGCCCUCCUUCGGCUUCGUGCUGGAGGAGAAGCCCCGGCCCGGGAAGCUCGACGUGCAGAAACUCAAAGACCUCGGAGUCCAACCAGGCCCGCUCUACGGGAAGCUCAAGAGCGGCACCGCCGUCGUGCUGGAGAACGGAACCACGGUUCUUCCCGGGGACGUGCUGGCGGCUCCCGCUCCCGGCAGGAAGGUCUGCGUGCUGGGGGACUGCUCGGGGGCGCUGGGGGCCGCGGCCGAGCGGCUGUGCCGGGGCGCGGACGUGCUGGUGCACGAGGCCACGCUGGGCGACGCGCAGCAGGAGCGGGCGCGGCAGCACGGGCACAGCACGCCGCGCGCGGCCGCCGAGCUGGCCACGAGGUGCCAGGCCAAGAGGCUGGUGCUGACCCACUUCAGCCAGCGGUACCGGCCCGCCGGGCAGCCCGCGGAGCCGGGCAGCGACGUCACCGAGCUCAAGAGGCAGGCGGAGGCCGUGCUGGGCCGGGAGGUGACGCUGGCUGAGGACUUCAUGACCAUAGAGAUCCCCCUGAAAAAGUGAGAAAUGGAAAAGUUUGUGAGCACAGAGAUCCCCGUGGAAAAGUGAAAAUGGAGAGAUCUGUGAGCAUAGAGAUCCCCACGGAAAAGUGAGAACUGAGGAAUCUGUGACCAUAGAAAUCCUAAUGAAAAAGUGAAAAUGGAGAAAUCUGUGAGCACAGAGAUCUCCAUGGAAAAGUGAAAAUGGAGAGAUCUGUGAGCAUAGAGAUCCCCGGGGAAAAGUGAAAAUUGAGGAAUUCAUGGUCACAGAGAUCUCCAUGGAAAAGUGAAAAUGGAGAGAUCUGUGAGCACAGAGAUCACCGUGGAAAAGUGAAAAUUGAGGAAUUCAUGGUCACAGAGAUCCCCGUGGAAAAGUGAAAAUUGAGGAAUUCAUGAUCACAGAGAUCCCUGUGAAAAAUUGAAAAUGAGAAAUCUGUGAGCACAGAGAUCCCCAUGGAAAACUGACAACUGAGGAAUCUGUGACCAUAGAAAUCCCAAUGGAAAAGUGAAAAUUGAGGAAUUCAUGGCCACAGAGAUCCCCAUGGAAAAGUGAAAAUGGACAAAUCUGUGACCACUGAGAUCCCCAUGGAAAAGUGAAAAUUGAGUAAUCUGUGACCAUAGAAAUCCUAAUGAAAAAGUGAAAAUGGAGAAAUCUGUGAGCACAGAGAUCACCGUGGAAAAGUGAAAAUGGAGAAAUCUGUGAGCAUAGAGAUCUCCAUGGAAAAGUGAAAAUUGAGAGAUCUGUGAGCAUGGAAAUCCCUGUGGAAAAGUGACAACUGAGGAAUUCAUGACCAUAGAGAUCCCCGUGAAAAAGUGAAAAUGAGAAAUCUGUGAGCACAGAGAUCCCCAUGGAAAAGUGACAACUGAGGAAUUCAUGGCCACAGAGAUCCCAAUGGAAAAGCAAAAAUUGAGGAAUCUGUGACCAUAGAAAUCCCCAUGGAAAAGUGAAAAGUGAGGAAUUCAUGGCCACAGAGAUCUCAGUGAAAAAGUGAAAAUGAGAAAUCUGUGAGCACAGAGAUCCCCAUGGAAAAGUGAAAAUUGAGGAAUUCAUGGCCACAGAGAUCCCCAUGGAAAAGUGAAAAUGGAGAGAUCUGUGAGCACAGAGAUCCCCAUGGAAAAGUGACAGCUGAGGAAUCUGAGCAUAGAAAUCCCUGUGGAAAAGUGAAAAUUGAGGAAUUCAUGGCCACAGAGAUCCCCAUGGAAAAGUGAAAAUGGAGAAAUCUGUGAGCACAGAGAUGCCCAUGGAAAAGUGACAACUGGGGAAUCUGUGAGCAUAGAAAUCCCUGUGGAAAAGUGAAAAUUGAGGAAUCUGUGGUCAUGGAGAUCCUCAUGAAAAAGUGAUAAUUGAGGAAUCUGUGACCAUAAAGAUCCCAAAGAAAAAGUGAAAAAUCAGGAAUUUGUGACCAUAGAGAUCUCGAUGAAAAAGUGAAAAUUGAGGAAUUUGUGACCAUAGAGAUCUUGAUGAAAAAAUUCAGGACUUUGUGAACACAAAGAUCCGAUGAAAAAGUGAAAACUGAGGAGUCAAUGGCCAUGGCAAUCCCAGUGAAAAAGUGAGAACUGGGGAAUUCCUGGCCAUAGAGAUCCCAACAGAAAAGCGGAAACAGAGCCCUGAGAGCUCUGCCCGGGGUUUGUAACUGGGGCUGUUGCUGUGCUCUCCUCAUUCCCCACCUGUACAAAUUUUCUCACAAUAAACAGAGUUUAGGCUUGC